GCUGUGUGUGUGGAUUUAGAACAUAAGGUUCUGCCAAGGUGAAUGUUGAAAACUAUCUUUGAAUGUAUUUGAAAAAAAUAAAAAUCUAUUAUUAAAAAAUAGUCGCUUUUUGACUAAAAGGAAGGAAAAGGAGCAGGACUACAUAAAUCCUAAAGAUCCUUCCAGCUUAAAUUUUCAAGUUUAUUAUGCUUUUGAACUCCCUUUUCCUUCUUAAACUUUCUCUCUCUUAGAAUACCGUGACAUCAUCAUCCCUCGUGCCUCGCUUCCUCUAUUUAUAGGGUUGCCUCUAAGACCCAGUGGAAUAAUUCUUCGGAGAACCUUCCCCUAAACACCCGGAACCUGCGCAAAGCCACACACUCCGCGCAUGCGCGGGCAGCUCUGGUUCCCGAAGCUGUUCCCGACUUCCUAAGCGCUGAGGUGGCGGUUGCCGGGGGCAGGGUCGCCGAGAUGACUGAGAGCGGCAGCACAGGGGAGAUGUCCGCUUUGCCGGUAUCCGGGCCUCCCGGCAGCCUCGGCAAUGGGGCCGGUGGGGCUUCGGCGCAGAGUAAUAACCCGCUGUCUCGGAAGCUGCAUAAGAUCCUGGAGACGAGGCUGGAUAAUGACAAGGAGAUGCUUGAAGCUCUCAAGGCACUGUCAACUUUCUUUGUGGAAAAUAGCUUGCGUACUAGAAGAAAUUUACGUGGAGAUAUUGAACGCAGAAGUUUAGCCAUCAAUGAAGAAUUUGUGAGCAUAUUCAAGGAAGUAAAGGAGGAACUUGAAAGCAUAAAUGAAGAUGUACAAGCAAUGAACAACUGUUGUCAAGACAUGACAAGUCGCCUGAAGGCUGCAAAGGAGCAAACUCAAGAUUUGAUAAUAAAAACUACUAAACUUCAAGCAGAAAGUCAAACAUUAGAAAUAAGAGCUCAAGUUGCAGAUGCUUUCCUAUCUAAAUUCCAGUUGACUUCAGAUGAAAUGAGUCUUCUUCGAGGCACAAGAGAAGGACCUAUUACUGAGGAUUUUUUCAAGGCAUUAGGAAGAGUAAAACAAAUUCAUAAUGACGUCAAAGUCCUUUUGCGAACAAACCAACAAACCGCAGGUUUAGAAAUUAUGGAACAGAUGGCCUUGCUUCAAGAAACUUCCUAUGAACGACUUUACAGAUGGGCUCAAAGUGAAUGCAGGACUUUGACACAAGAAUCAUGUGACAUAGCUCCAGUACUUACCCAAGCAAUGGAAGCCCUGCAGGACAGACCUGUAUUGUAUAAGUAUACCUUAGAUGAAUUUGGGACAGCUCGAAGAAGUACAGUUGUUCGUGGAUUUAUUGAUGCUCUUACAAGAGGUGGUCCAGGAGGAACCCCUCGACCUAUUGAAAUGCACUCUCAUGAUCCUUUGAGGUAUGUGGGAGACAUGUUGGCUUGGCUCCAUCAAGCUACUGCUUCUGAAAAAGAACACCUUGAGGCAUUAUUAAAAAUGGUAACCAUACAAGGUGUAGAAGAAAACAUUCAAGAAAUAGUUGGACAUAUCACUGAAGGAGUCUGCAGACCGCUAAAGGUCCGAAUUGAACAAGUAAUAGUUGCUGAGCCUGGGGCAGUUUUAUUAUAUAAAAUUUCUAAUCUUCUUAAAUUCUAUCACCAUACAAUUAGUGGUAUUGUAGGAAAUAGUGCAACCACAUUAUUGACCACCAUUGAAGAAAUGCAUUUGCUAAGCAAAAAAAUAUUCUUCAAUAGCUUGAGUCUUCAUGCAAGUAAACUAAUGGAUAAGGUUGAACUCCCACCACCUGAUCUUGGACCAAGCUCUGCACUAAGCCAGACACUUGCAUUAUUACGUGAAGUUUUGGCAUCUCAUGACUCUUCAGUUGUGCCAUUAGAUGCUCGUCAAGCAGAUUUUGUUCAGGUUUUAUCAUGUGUUUUAGAUCCUUUGCUCCAGAUGUGUACUGUAUCAGCAAGUAAUUUAGGCACAGCUGACAUGGCCACUUUUAUGGUCAACUCCUUGUAUAUGAUGAAGACAACAUUAGCACUUUUUGAGUUUACUGAUAAACGUCUAGAAAUGCUGCAAUUUCAGAUUGAAGCACAUUUGGAUACAUUGAUAAAUGAGCAGGCAUCUUAUGUAUUAACCAGAGCAGGUCUGAGUUAUAUCUAUAAUACUGUACAGCAACAUAAACCAGAGCAGGGUCCCUUAGCUAACUUGCCAAGCUUGGAUUCAGUCUCACUGAAAGCAGCAAUGGUUCAAUUUGAUCGCUAUCUCUCUGCCCCAGAUAACUUAUUAAUGCCACAGCUGAAUUUCCUUCUAAGUGCCACAGUAAAAGAGCAAAUCAUAAAACAGUCUACAGAAUUAGUUUGCAGAGCCUAUAGUGAGCUAUAUACAGCUGUGAUGAAUCCAGCCAAUGAAUACAAAGAUCCAGAGACUAUUCUGCAUCGAUCUCCUCAGCAAGUACAGACUCUUCUCUCCUGACUGGAUUGUUUGAAUAAUUUGGCAACAUUUUUUAUUAGGCUAAUAUUAAAGGUUUCUUUGUUGUCA